AUGUCCAACAACGUCGAAUACUCAAUACCAGAUCAAGUCGCCAGAUUUUCAAAAGCGAAGGCCGAUGGCAAUCAAAGAUACUUGGACAUUACCACUGUCUACGAUGGAUCUUCCUUGAAGGACAAGAAUGUCGUAGUAACAGGAGGAAAUCGAGGCCUUGGAUGGGAAAUUGUACAAGAAUUGGUUCGGCAGGAGGCCAAGGUUGUGGUACUGUGUCGUAGUACUAACGACGAACUCGAAGCAUUGAUAGGAAAAUCUUAUGUUAUUUCCGGUGUUGACGUGACGGAUACUAAGGCCGUCCAAGAUGCCUGUAGUGAACGCAUGCCUAAUAUCAAGUUCGAUAUUGUAAUCAAUAAUGCCGGGUACUUCUACGAACCAUGCGAAAAGAUCUUGGACAACAGUCUCAACUUUGCAGAACAGCUGAAGCAGAUCAAUAUCUGUGGAUUGGGACCUCUGCGAGUGAACAGUGCUAUGGUUCAAAACGACAAACUUAAUGACAAUGCCAAGCUUGUCAUUAUCACCAGUCAAGCUGGAUCCUGCGAAUGGAGAAGUACCCAAAACAAAGACGCGGGUGGCGACUACGGACACCACAUGUCCCGGGCUGCCUGUAACAUGGCCGGAGUUUUGCAGGCCGAAGAACUUCGUAGCAAGGGAUACUCUGUCAUCCUUUUGCACCCUGGUUUCAACCGUACUGAGAUGACUGCUAAGUACAAGGAAAGCUGGGACAAAGAAGGAGCUGUCGAACCUGCAAUGGGAGCCAAGCGUGUCUUGUUCGAAGCUAUGAAAAGCAACAUCGAGACGACUGGCCAUUAUGUCAACUGCGAAGACGGUAAGCAGAUCCCUUGGUAA